AUGACAUCUAACUCAGAUAAUUUCCAUUUGAAAAUUCCAGUCGAGGAGAUUCCUGAUAAAAAUAAGAAAAUUUCGGAAAUUGUCUGUUCACCUAACUUGAAGCAUGUUGCUGCAUUACGCGAAGAUAAUUAUAUUAGUUUUUGGUCUAAUCUUAAUAAAGAGGAACCUUUAACGAACGUAAAGACAAUUCGUAAUGACAAUAUUCACACAAAAGAAUAUGGUGGAAAAAUAUUUGCAAUUUCAAAUAAUAAAUGCGCUUCAAUAAGUCUUAAUAAAACCGAUCCUUAUAAUUUCAAAAUUUACGAUUUUGAAAAUGGAAAAGAGGUAUCAUUAACUUUUCCGGACUGUCAAAAGGAAAUUGACUUCUUAUCCUUUAUCGAUAAUGGGAAUGUUGUAAUGGUCAAUGCUAAAUAUUAUAGAGCAUAUGUUUUUUCAAGUGAAAGAAAAGGAAAUGUUACCUGGGCUUGUAAAUCAAUGAUUGAACUGAAAUAUUUUAACAAAAUUUAUAUUACCGUUAAAGGCAAAUUGAUCAUAUUUAAUGAUACUAUUUAUGAGAUUACGAUGUGGGACAUCGAAGAAUUAUCGAUUAAAACUCGUAUUUUAAUAGAUUGGAAUUAUACACCUGAGUCUAUUGAAAUUAGUGAUGAUGAAGAAUUAUUAUUAGUAUGUGCAAAAAAUAUGGAAACUAAGGAAACACGUUUAUACACUUUUUCCACCAAAACUGGGAUUAACUUGUCAUUUUUUACUACAAAAUUGGUAAUAAAUAGAUUUCACUUGAUCGCAUCUCAAAAAGGAGAAAGAUUAUUCUAUAUUUCAGGCGAUCAAUAUAAUUUAAUGGACCCUUAUAACCUCACAAAUUCAAUAGAUGCAAGCAAACUUUUUGAAAAUAUUGAAGUGAACCCAAUUCAAGAACCAUACAUAAUUCGAUCAGAUAAAAUAAUUUAUGCGAUUGAUGAAAAAUUGUCAAUUAAAGAAUUAGUGCCUGAUGAUUGGAUUGAAUACUUGCGAAAAAAACUGAAUGACAGAAAUAGCAUUACAGCUCCGUCGUCUAAAAAGACAAUUGAUAUUAUAUCUGAAAUUAUACAAAAAAGUAAAUUUGAACCUGAAAGAAAAAAAUUUGAAGGGAAGUUUUUAAAAUGGGAAUUGGAAUCAGAUGAUAGUUCAGUCAAACUUACAGUAGUUGAUUAUAAUUAUCGCAGAAGAAAAUGGAAUGAUGAUAAAAAAAAGCAACUGAAUAUCCUUCCAUCAUUUUAUCGUAAAGAAAAUUUAGAAAAAUUUAUAGUACAUUGUGAAAUUCUUGAAAAUGAUGAUUUCAUUACGAUUACACGUAUUGGUGUAUUUAUCUGGACCUAUAAACUUUCCGACAUUAAGAUGCACUAUUAUUGGAAUGAUUGUAAUGAUCGUUUGGAGGAUUUCGUUUUUGAAAAGAUAAAGCUAAAAAUUCUCUCUGAGAACUGGACUUCAGGAAGAAUCCUUCCUGCUUCAAGCUAUGAAACAAUACUUAAAAAUUUAGAUAUUAAAUUUGGCGAAAAAGAGCUUUUCAGAGAGUUUUUGAAAAGUAAUAUCGAUGAUGAAUUUUAUUUAACUUGCUACGGGGAAAUUCUCAUGAGUACGUUUAUUGAAUUAAAGGAUGAUAAAUGGAUUCGAUGUUUAGGCCAGAGCUGUAUGGAAAGGUGUUUACAAAAUAAUCAUUUGAUUUCUAAAAUUUCAUUGUUGAGUAUUAUUUUUGAAAAUUUUAAAGAACUAUCAGAAAAUCAUCCUGCAUUUAUAGCAAGUAUGCUAUCUUUGAUAGGAUUUGUAGUUCCUUCUCCUAUUGUAAUUCCAAACUCUAUUUCAUCUCAUCUUUCUAGUUAUGGAAGAUAUCAUCAUUUAUCUAAAUCAUUUCUUGAUAGAUUAAUCUCUAACCUUCGUGUUUGUUUAUUUAGUUUUCAAGAAAGUUUUAAAGAUAGUUUUCAAAAGUUUCAAGACAAUCAUCCUCAAUUUCGAAAUUUAGUUGUAAAACCAUUUAUUGAUUUUUAUUAUGUAGGCCAUAGCCACACUAUUAAACUACGUGAACAUAUAAUGGAUAUCCAAAAAGAUAAAUGGGCAGGUUACAAAAAACCUUAUAUUUCAAAGAAUCUUAAUGAAGUUCUUCUACUUCCUGAUGAAGAGCCCUCUCUUGAGGAAGUUGAGAAUGAUAUUAAAGAUCUGAAAAAUAAAUUAAGAGAUCUGGAAAAAUUUAUAAAGAAUAAAUAA